AGCCUGAAAUGAAAGCUCACAAUAAUUAGAAACAAUUACCCGUCUUUAAAAAACUGUCCUGGCCUGAAGCAAUACUUGGAAAUCCUAACCCCUGAUUCAAACUUUAACUUCAAUCCCAAUCCAUUUUUUUCCCGUAAUGCAGGCUGUCAAACAGUGGCGUUUCUGGAUCAAUUUCACUAAGGGGGCCGGGCUGGGGCCAGGGGUUUUGAUGGGGGGGGCACAUUCAACCCAGGGCUAAAAAGACAGAUUCAACAUCUUACAUGACUUUUUAUUUCUUCUAACUUUGAAAUUGUAGUCAUAAUAUUACAGUGAUGAGAAAAAAACAGUAGGAGGGCUAAAAUGUCUGCAAGCGUAACAAUACGCCAUGUCCAUCUGUUGAGAAUAUUCAAGCCAGGGGAUGAUAUGGUACCUACCAGCCUGCCGGGUACAAAAAUUGCAAAUACACUGAAGCUAGAUGUUUUACAUGCAUAUAAUUAUCCAAAUUUUAAAAGGCAAUGUCUUAUAUAGUGAUCCAGUUAAAUAAAAAUAAAAAGGGAGACUAAAAAAGUUACACACACACGCGCGCGCGCGCACGUCGUGGUAAGUUCCUUCUCUGCGGACUGCUUCUCAUUUCCCGCUCAUUUUUAAGUGGUGCAGCGCACUAAAGGGUCCGACGAGAAUGUUAAAUCACGCACUUUGGUUCCACUUUUCGCAUCGGCGACCACGUAAUCUACGUUCGGAGGGGGGUGGCACAGGGGGGGCCAGAAUCAGUGCUACAGGGGCACUGGCCCCCGUUGGCCCUCCCCCAGAACCGCCACUGCUGUCAAACCUUAAUUACGACCCUUCCAUUGAUUUGUGGAGCACAUGAAGUCCACCAGGGGGCACUGCGCGCAGGCAGGACGCUUGGCCGCCUAUUGUGGGCGUGGCCACGGCCUGUCAAUGUCAUAAAUAGGCAACGCGCACACCACACGCAUACCCACGAACUGACAGACCGAUGGGCAGCAUGCACAACCCGACCAGAACGCACGAAUGGACGCAGGUUCUGAGCGCGUUGCCGUGGAUCCACGUCGUCAUCGCUCUCAUCAGCGCUCUCUGCUCCGCUUCCGUCAUCACCUGUGUGACGUCACGGCGCUUGGGCGGAGCCACGUCCGAGUUGCGAGCGCUUUUUCAGCUGGCGGUGUCCGACCUGCUGCUCGCCCUUUGUGGCCUGCUAGGGGGCGCUCUACUCGUGUGGCACGCUGGCGCCCUCGCCUGGUACCGACUACAUGCCGCGCGACAGGUUGUGUGUAUGGCGUCUUUCUUCUACACACUCAACUACAUGUGGAACGUCUAUGCUCGUCUACGUCUCAACUUCUGGUGUGUCCCUCACCAGCUUCCUGCUCAGAUUUCCAAGCGAGCCAUCCCGACCACCAACAUGACAGCGUUGCUCUCUGGCGUGAUUCCGCCUCUCCUGAUGGCGCCCGUUUUCAUCCAACCACGCGUGGGCAGCUGUGCGGGCAACUGCAGCGACGCCUACAGAUGUCUGCUCAUGCCCGUCGGCGUGCUUCCUGUCACCGCGGAGCAACCAAUCAGAACCUGCCGCCUGCUGCUCGGUUACUGCGGCGCCGUCUUCCUCGCCGCCUUCGCCCUCACACUCGUCGGGAUGAUGGUGCUCAUGGGAAAAUCUCGUCAGGUUUACCGGCGCGUGGUGACGUCGCGCGGUUACCUUGGCAACCAGCAGCGGGUGUCCUUCCGGGCGUUGGAUUUGCGGAUGCUGGCGUACUUCCUCUCAUUUGCCCUCUGCUGGGGACCAACGGCAUCUUUGGUGGCCUUGCGUGCGACAAGGUCAUCGUCGGACGUUGAGGGCGUGUCCACCGCGGUCUUGUACGUCACGCAGGCCAUCACAUCGGCGUCGCCGGGCAUCCUCCAUUUUGCUGCGCUGGCGUGUGGGCGUGGCCCACCCGGACGAACUUUGGCAUGGCGCGACGCUAACACGCAGACGCCGCUGCUGCGAGCGCAGAAGAGACCAACGAGGACCUACACAAGUUGAGGAUCUCGGGCCUGCUCAGCCGCCCACCGCCGUCACGUCGACACCUGCAGCCACUUUUGCUUCGAUGGGCGGGGAAACUCCAACAGCGGCGCGGAGAGCCGAAAGAGGAAAGAGGGCGGGGACUCCCCCCGUGAGGAAGUGAGAUAAGUGAAGUUUCGCGUUGGGCUGUUGAUUGGCGUCGACGCUCGAUGGGACUUUUCUUGCCUUUUGGAACUUCUCAGUCCUCGAGAAAUAUUUCGAGCGGUGGGUGGUUUGCAAAUUUUCCCACUCAGUAACACCGAAAAAAUACGAAGCCCUCUCAGUCGACCACAUAGGCAAUAGUGAAAUCGUCAAUGAGAAAAUGAGAACUUUCAUUACUCAACUUGUAAUAUUAAGAAGAAAGUUCAGGAGCGAAAAUUUCAAUUUAUCCACAGGUCAGUUCCAAAUAUUACAAGGUCGAAACAAAAUGACCUGAGUCAAGUUGUGAUGUUGUGGGAAAAUAAGACAAAAAAAAACUUUAUGAGAAGAGGGUCAAAAUAAUAUGGGUUCUCCGUUUUCCUCCCACAAUCCAAAUGUGUUUUUUUUGUAAUACAAAGAAUGUAGCUGUCUUUGUUUUCGAGUAAACAACAUUUUGAAGGCUGUUUUUUUGAAGAUUGUUUUUGUGGUUAAGUGAGUUGAGUGCGCAGCACAAGUU